CUUCCUCCCUCUCCUCGCCAGUCGCCAAGUCAAGCCGAAAACCCUCGCGCGAGAGUCAUCACAGCUGCCGAGAGCGGGAGCGCGGCGGCGGAGGAGAACGGCGAGAUGAAGCUCAACGUGAAGACCCUCAAGGGCACCAGCUUCGAGAUCGAGGCGGCCCCCGAGGCCUCGGUGGGCGAGGUCAAGCGGAUCAUCGAGAGCGCUCAGGGGCAGAGCGUCUACCCUGCGGACCAGCAGAUGCUCAUAUACCAGGGGAAGAUCCUCAAGGACAACACCACUCUGGGAGACAACAAUGUUGCGGAGAACAGCUUCCUUGUUAUAAUGCUGUCCAAGCCUAAGGCCUCGUCUAGUGGUGCUUCUACUGCUUCAAAGGCGCCUGUUAGUCAGCCCGCUGCCCCUGCUGCUGCUUCUACUCCAUCUGUCCCUGUUGCCUCUGUUGCAAGAUCAUCACCUUCACAAGCACCUGUUGCUGCAUCUGAACCGGCGCCUCCCAGUGUGCAACCUUCACUUGAUCCAGCUGCUGCUGCUGUAACUGCAUCAGGUGAUGCUGAUGUAUACAGUCAGGCUGCAUCAAACCUUGUCUCUGGUGGCGGUCUAGAACAGACAAUCCAACAAAUGCUCGACAUGGGUGGUGGCACCUGGGAACGUGAUAUGGUUGUCCGUGCUCUACGUGCUGCAUAUAACAAUCCUGAGAGGGCUAUCGACUAUCUAUAUUCUGGAAUACCUGAGACUGUAGAGGCCCCACCUGUGGCUCGAGGACCUGCUCCAGGUCAACAGGCACCAAGCCUGCAAGCUCCAUCUCAGGCUCAGGCUGCACCUCUACCACCAGUUCAGCCAGCUGGUGGCGCCUCUGCAGGGCCUAAUGCAAAUCCUCUAAACCUUUUCCCCCAGGGUGUUCCAAGUGGUGGGUCCAAUCCUGGUGCUGGUGUGGGUGCCGGUGCCCUUGAUGCACUGCGACAGCUACCUCAGUUCCAAGCACUGCUUACAUUGGUUCAGUCUAAUCCUCAAAUCUUGCAGCCAAUGCUCCAAGAGCUGGGAAAACAAAACCCACAGAUCCUGCGGUUGAUUCAGGAAAAUCAGGCUGAGUUUCUCCGCCUGGUUAACGAAACUCCUGAGAGUGGUGCUGGCGCGUCUGCGAAUAUAUUAGGUGCCCUAGCAGCUCAAUUGCCACAGCAGGUUACAGUUACUGCAGAAGAACGGGAUGCCAUCCAGCGGCUCGAGGGGAUGGGGUUCAACCGUGAGCUUGUGUUGGAGGUCUUCUUUGCGUGCAACAGGGAUGAAGAGCUGGCUGCCAACUAUCUCUUGGAUCAUGGCCAUGAGUUUGAGGAUCAACAAUAGAUGGUUAGAUUGGCAUUACCAACGGAAGACAGACAGAAGCGGUACAGUUCAGUGUCCAUCUUAUUAAUAUCUUUGCUGCUGAGUACUACCAACCGUUACGUGCCCGCUAGUGCAAUGGUGCUGACUGUUUCACUUUCUUGUAUCCUGGAGAUGCUUUUCGAAGUACAUAUAUUAAUAUCAUAUUCAAACCUUAUACCGUGUGAA